CUGGGGGCGGGGGUCCCAUGACGGCAUCGGAGCGCGCCGCGCUGGGGCUGGAGCCGGCCUGCGCGGCCCGGGAGCCGCUCGCUCGCGCCCAGGAGGCCCAGAGCCGUCCUCCCUCAACAUGGGGCUGGAAGCCCAGAGGCUGCCAGCGACUGAAGAGGCCCCGGUGCGGGUUGCCCUUCGAGUUCGACCCCUGCUUCCCAAGGAGCUGCUGUACGGGCAUCAGAGCUGCCUGCAGGUGGAGCCGAGGCUCGGCCGUGUCACUCUGGGCCGGGACCGACACUUCGGCUUCCACGUGGUGCUGGCCGAGGAUGCCGGGCAGGAGGCCGUGUACCAAGCCUGUGUCCAGCCCCUCCUUGAGGCCUUCUUUGAGGGCUUCAAUGCCACCGUCUUUGCCUAUGGUCAGACGGGCUCUGGGAAGACAUACACCAUGGGGGAAGCCAGUGUGGCCUCCCUGCUCGAGGAUGAGCAGGGCCUUGUCCCGAGGGCCAUGGCCGAGGCCUUCAAGCUCAUCGAUGAGAACGACUUGCUUGACUGUCUAGUGCAUGUGUCCUACCUGGAAGUGUACAAGGAGGAGUUCCGAGACCUGCUUGAGGUGGGCACCGCCAGCCGUGACAUCCAGCUCCGGGAAGAUGAGCGUGGGAAUGUUGUGCUGUGUGGGGUGAAGGAGGUUGACGUGGAGGGCCUGGACGAGGUGCUGAGCCUCCUGGAGAUGGGCAACGCGGCGCGGCACACGGGGGCGACACACCUCAACCGCCUGUCCAGCCGCUCGCACACUGUCUUCACCGUCACUCUGGAGCAGCGAGGGCGCACCCCCAGUCGCCUGCCCCACCCCGCCGCCGGCCAGCUGCUUGUCUCCAAGUUCCAUUUUGUGGACCUGGCGGGCUCGGAGAGGGUGCUCAAGACGGGCAGCACCGGCGAGCGCCUCAAGGAGAGCAUCCAGAUCAACAGCAGCCUCCUGGCGCUGGGCAAUGUCAUCAGCGCCCUGGGGGACCCCCAGCGCCGGGGUAGCCACAUCCCCUACCGCGACUCCAAGAUCACCCGGAUCCUCAAGGACUCCCUGGGCGGGAACGCCAAGACGGUGAUGAUCGCCUGCGUCAGCCCUUCCUCCUCCGACUUCGACGAGACCCUCAACACCCUCAACUACGCCAGCCGCGCGCAGAACAUCCGCAACCGCGCCACCGUCAACUGGCGGCCCGAGGCCGAGCGGCCGUCCGAGGACGCGGCGAGUGGUGCGCGGGGGCCGCCGCGGCAUCGCUCCGAGACCCGCAUCAUCCACCGCGGCCGGCGCGCCCCGGGCCCCGCCGCCUCCGCCUCCGCCUCCGCCUCCUCCGCCGCGGCCGCCCUGCGCCUGGGCGCCGAGUGCGCGCGCUACCGGGCCUGCACCGACGCCGCCUACAGCCUCCUGCGCGAGCUGCACGCCCAGCCCGGGCUGCCAGGUGCUGCGGCCCGCAAGGUGCGCGACUGGCUGUGCGCGGUGGAGGGCGAGCGCAGCAACAUGAGCUCCGCCUCCGGGCCCGACAGCGGCAUCGACAGCGCCUCGGUCGAGGACCAGGCUGCGCAGAGGGCCGGCGGGCGAAAGGAGGAUGAGGGGGUGCCGCAGCUGCUGACCCUGCAGAACCAGGUGGCGCGGCUGGAAGAGGAGAACCGAGACUUUCUGGCUGCACUGGAGGACGCCAUGGAGCAGUACAAGCUGCAGAGCGACCGGCUGCGUGAGCAGCAGGAGGAGAUGGUGGAGCUGCGGCUGCGGUUAGAGCUGGUGCGGCCUGGCUGGGGGGCCCCUGGGCUGCUGCCGGGCCUGCCUUCCGGGUCCUUUCUGCCUCGGCCUCAUACAGCUCCCCUGGGGGUCGCCCACAGCCAUGUGCUGGGCAUGGUGCCCCCUGACUGCCUCUGUGGAGAUGAAGUUGGCUCUGAGCACAGGAGAGAGCAGGUGACAGAUGGCAGGGAGGCUGGAGCUGAGCUGCUGGCUGAUGUGAACAGGCUGGGAAGUGGCUCUUCAGCUGCAUCAGAGGAGGAGAAGGAGGAUUCGCCCAGGCGGACCUUACACCUGCGCAGAAAUGGGAUCAGUAACUGCAUCCAGAGGGCGGGGCCCCAGCCAGGGAGUCCAUCAGACAGGAGGGCCCCAGAGCUCUGCCUUGAAGAGUUGGAGGCAGCCAUCCCAGGGUCCAGAGCAGUUGGGAGCAAGGCCCGGGUUCAGGCCUGCCAGGUCCCCUCUGCCAUGGCCUCGGAGUGGCGGCUGGCCCAGGCCCAGCAGAAGAUCCGGGAGCUGGCUAUCAACAUCCGCAUGAAGGAGGAGCUCAUUGGCGAGCUGGUCUGCACAGGAAAGGCAGCUCAGGCCCUGAACCGCCAGCACAGCCAGCGUAUCCGGGAGCUGGAGCAAGAGGCAGAGCGGGUGCGGGCUGAACUGAGUGAAGGCCAGAGGCAGCUGCGGGAGCUGGAGGGCAAGGAACUGUGUGGGUUCCAGGUGCUGAAGGAAAAGAAGCAGGCCACGGAGCGGCUGGUGUCACUGUCGGCCCAGAGUGAGAAGCGACUGCAAGAGCUGGAGCGGAAUGUGCAGCUCAUGCGGCAGCAGCAGGGGCAGCUGCAGAGGCGGCUUCGUGAGGAGACAGAGCAGAAGCGGCGCCUGGAGGCGGAGAUGAGCAAGCGGCAGCACCGAGUCAAGGAGCUGGAGCUGAAGCAUGAGCAGCAGCAGAAGAUCCUGAAGAUUAAGACGGAGGAGAUUGCAGCCUUCCAGAGGAAGAGGCGCAGUGGCAGCAACGGCUCUGUGGUCAGCCUGGAGCAGCAGCAGAAGAUCGAGGAGCAGAAGAAGUGGCUGGACCAGGAGAUGGAGAAGGUGCUGCAGCAGCGGCGGGCGCUGGAGGAGCUAGGGGAGGAGCUCCGCAAGCGGGAAGCCAUCCUGGCCAAGAAGGAGGCCCUAAUGCAAGAGAAGACAGGGCUGGAGAGCAAGCGCCUGCGGUCCAGCCAGGCCCUCAACGAGGACAUCGUGCGUGUGUCCAGCCGGCUGGAGCACCUGGAGAAGGAGCUGUCAGAGAAGAGUGGGCAGCUGCGGCAGGGCAGCGCCCAGAGCCAGCAGCAGAUCCGAGGGGAGAUUGACAGCCUGCGCCAGGAGAAGGACUCGCUGCUCAAGCAGCGCCUGGAGAUCGACAGCAAGCUGCGGCAGGGGAGCCUGCUGUCCCCCGAGGAGGAGCGGACGCUGUUCCAGUUGGAUGAGGCCAUCGAGGCCCUGGAUGCUGCCAUUGAGUACAAGAAUGAGGCCAUCACAUGCCGCCAGCGGGUGCUUCGGGCCUCAGCCUCUUUGCUGUCCCAGUGCGAGAUGAACCUCAUGGCCAAGCUCAGCUACCUCUCGUCCUCCGAGACCAGAGCCCUCCUCUGCAAGUAUUUUGACAAGGUGGUGACGCUCCGAGAGGAGCAGCACCAGCAGCAGAUUGCCUUCUCUGAGCUGGAGAUGCAGCUGGAGGAGCAGCAGAGGCUGGUGUACUGGCUGGAGGUGGCCCUGGAGCGGCAACGCCUGGAGAUGGACCGCCAGCUGACGCUGCAGCAGAAGGAGCACGAGCAGAACUUGCAGCUGCUCCUGCAGCAGAGUCGAGACCACCUUGGUGAAGGGUUAGCAGACAGCAAGAGGCAGUAUGAGGCCCGGAUUCAAGCUCUGGAGAAGGAACUAGGCCGCUACAUGUGGAUAAACCAGGAACUGAAACAGAAGCUCGGUGGUGUGAACACUGCAGGCCACAGCAGAGGUGGGGAGAAGAGGAGCCUGGGCUCGGAGGGCAGACAGGCUCCCGGAAAUGAGGAGGAGCUGCACCCAGCGCCCGAGCUUCUCCGGCUGUCCCCCCUCACUGAGGGGGCCCCCCGUACCCGGGAAGAGAUGCGGGACUUGAUCCAUGCUCCAUUACCCUUGACCUGGAAACGCUCGAGCCUGGCUGGCGAGGAGCAGGGGUCCUCCGAGGAGCUGAGGCAGCGGGAGGCGGCUGAGCCCCUGCUGGGGCGGGUGAUGCCCAUGGGUGAAGCAGGCCUGCCCUGGAACUUUGGGCCUUCGUCCAAACUCCGGCGGGAACUGCGACGAGCCAGCCCGGGAAUUAUUGACGUCCGGAAAAACCCCUUGUAGCCCUUGGGGCAGACCCCGAUCCUGCUGAAAGGGGCAGCUGUCUGAUUUGCUUCCGUGAAGGACAGUUAUUACCGCACAUUCUAAAUCCAGGCCCUCAUCGCUACACUCGUUAGGAUUAACAAGUUUGGGCCAUAGCCUGAAAGAACUGGACUCACAUUUCAGAAAGAUGCACAUUUCUUCCGUGUAUUUCCUUGAAACUGUGGCACCCAAUUGCUGUCUUGUGACUUGCUCAAGUCUCAGGAUGAUCCUGGUUUCAGGUAUAAACAGAUGUGCCUGGGGUACAGCCAAGAAUUGUUACAAAGGGUCGGUGGCCACCAGGUUGUGGUUUAAAUGGUUUUAUGUGUAUAGGGGAAAUUGGGAGACUUAGCAUGUUUUUAGGAUCUUAAAAAAACAUUUAAUAAAAUCUCUUAAGGGAGAAA